AUGAUUGCAGGACCCCAACUGGGAAUGCGACAUGUUCAAACCCUGUUGCUUUUUUUUAACAUCACGGUUUUGUACAUCGGUCGACUGAAUGUGGGAGUAUCCGUGGUGGCCAUGACGAACGCCGAGUCUACUAAUCCGAAUUUUCCAGAAUACGAUUGGACUUUGACGCAGAGGUCGUUCGUAAUAUCCAGCUUCUUCUGGGGAUACAUCAUCACCCAGUUCCUGGGCGGAUAUCUGUGCAAGCGUUUCGGAGUCAAGAGUGUCAUGUUCUGGGGCUCCUUGGCAUCGGGUGUCUGCAGUGCUGUGACCCCACUCUUCAUCGGCUUUGGCGAGUGGCAGGCCUACUGCGGCAUUCGCGUCCUGAUGGGCUGUGCCCAGGGCCUGAUCUUUCCCUGCAUCCAUCAGCACCUGGCCAGAUGGUCACCGCCCGCGGAGAGGAAUCGCCUGGGAGCCCUCAGUCACACAGGAAUCGAGUGUGGCAACGUGUGUGCCAUGUUCCUCAGUGGGAUGAUAGCCAAAAGUGCCAUUGGCUGGCCAGGAAUAUCGUAUGUCUCCGCAGGAUUGGCUUUCGCCUGGUGUGCCCUAUGGUUCGUCUUCGCUGCUAACAAUGCAGUGGAAUCUAGUUUCAUAGGCGAGGCAGAGCUGCACUAUAUCGAAUCAUCACUGAAGCACAAUGAAGACUAUCACAAGACCGUCAUUCCAGUUCCCUGGAUGGCGAUUUUGACCUCGGCACCGUUCUUUGCCCUUAUGGUAGCGCGUUGCAGCGAAUCCUGGGGUCUGAGUACCCUGCAAGGCCAGAUCCCAACCUAUAUGAAUGGUGUUCUGGACAUGGACAUGAAAAGCAAUGCAUUCUUUUCGGCGUUACCGUUUCUGGCCAUGUGGAUUAUGUCGUAUGUGUACCUGAUAACUGCUGAUGUUCUUUUGGCUGGAAACAGGCUAAGUUUGACGGCCCUCAGAAAGACCUUCAACUCGAUGGCCUUCUGGAUUCCGUGUGCGACUUUGAUUGGAAUCGGAUUCCUGGAUAAGGACCAGAAGAACCUGGCCAUUGCCCUGAUGACCAUUAGUGUCGGAUUCAACAGUGGAGCCACAAUCGGUUCCUCCUUGAACACCAUAGAUCUAUCCCCGAAUCAUGCGAGUAUUCUAAUGGGAAUUGUGAAUACAGUUGCAAAUGCAGUGCCUAUAGUUACCCCCCUGAUGGUUGCGGUUAUUGUUCAUGAAGACAAAAAUCGUGGAGAGUGGCAGAUAGUGUUUAUGAUCGCCGCAGUACUUUUCUUCAUCGGAAACUGCGUGUUCUUGUAUUUCGGAACGGCUGUUUCGCAGCCCUGGGAUGCUGAAGACUACCUUAUAGCGAAGGUACCAGAUCAAGUUACACCUCCAGUUAUCCGUGAAGCUGGUAAAGGCAGUGAGAGUCCUCCCAAGAAGUCCUUGAUGUAG